CAAAUUAAAUGAAAAAUAAAUACAAUAAAAGAAAAAAUAAAGAAUAAACUGGAAAAGUGGAUAAAAACAUAUAAACAUUUUUUAAUUUCAGAAUCCUGUUAAAUGUAUUUACAACUGAGAAUAUCCAUUAUCCUAGAUAUCAACCUUUCAGAAAAUGUUUCUACUUUAUAAUAAGAACUUUAAAAAUUUAACAAAUUUUUUUAAGAAAUAAUUCAAAAUAAAAUAAAACUUUAUUAAAAUAAUACAAAAACAAAAAUAAAUUACAAAAACAUACGACAGGGUCUAGAAAAGUAUUUAAAAGAAAGUUAAAAAAAUGUUCUUCAAAAAUCCCAAACGUCCUAUGCUGGCCCUAACGCUAGCCCUCAACAUAUUGCUGUUUCACACACCCUCUUCACAGGCCAAUGAAUUACUAAACUCAACUUUAAUCCCCGAAACAUUGGCCUCCACUAGCAAUAUUACCAUCUUGCAUGAGGUCCAUGAGGAGGGGUUUUCUACCAAAAAAGAUAAACCCUUAAAUCCGGAAGUAUUACCUCUAAAGCCUGUAAAAAAGAAACCUUACACACCCUUGGAAAAAUCUUCUUCUAUAUACGAGAAAUCUAAACCCGUUAAAGACUUGGAUCUACAUCCUGUUAUCUUUGAUUUCAACUUAGGUGACUUAGAGGAUUUGGAACAUGAGGCCUAUAAGAAAAAAGAUUUAAGCAAUGAAGAGAAACUAUUGUUAAAGGAUGCCCCCACUAUAGCAGAUGUUUCCACCUUAACCUAUUCGGAGAUAAUAAAGACUCCCGAUUCAGAUUCCCUACAAGACGAUUUAAAUGUCCAAGUGGACUUUGUAGCCAGCACUAUGGAGUCUGCCAUAAAAUCUUCUUCUCCCAGCUCCAUUUCUAGCACAACAGCGAUUCUGACUCCCUCUACCUUACCCUCCUCCUAUGUGGUCACUGUUAGUCCUCAUAUAUUCAAGAUAAUGAAAUCAAAAUCUAUUAAAAAAGGCCGUGAGUUGCUAAAGCACGAGGACUUGCAUAAGGGCUUAAAUAAUCACAACAGUUUAGAUCAUUAUUUAACGCCUCCUGAUACUACCGAGCACAAUGCUACAGCAGAGAGUCGUCAAAUGGCUAAUGUUUUUCAGAUCUUAACAAAUUUGUAUGAUCAUUUCUAUUGGCAGCCUUCGGAUAUAAGAAAUAAAGUUUCUACCGGUUGCGGUCUCGAAUUGCAGGCCUAUUUGACAGCGCUGCAUGGAAACUAUCAUUGGGCACAAAGGGCCUAUGAUUCGUCCGGUCGCUAUAGAGGUCAGUUAUUCUUUGGCAACGACAAAUGGUUGGGUCAAAAACAAAACUGCUAUGAACUCAAUCGCCAGCUAGAUCCCGAGAAACGUAAACAUUUCGAAUUUGAGUUCUACACCGCGGUAGUGACCUUCAAUUUAGCUUUGCCUGAACUUUUGCAAUUUAAUUUGCAAAUAGGCGAGUGUUUACCCAAAUCCUGUACUGCCCUCGAUGUACAACACAUUCUUGAAAUGGAUCCUCAUGCGCAAAUGCUGAUCGCUUUAAAUAGCUCUCAGUUGGCACAAGUGAAAAUCUUAAGAGUACGCACAGUGCCGGGUAUAUACAGUUAUUGGCGGGAAUUACGUUUUCAAAUAUUUGCCAGUUUUUUGCUAACAUUGAUACUACUGGUAAUAGCGGCCACUUGGUUUCAGUCUAAACUUACACAGAGUCAAAUAAAUCAAGCUCCCAUAGCGGUAAUUAGCGGUUCUAAAAUAGAGCAGCCUGUAAUCCAUCAUAUAACCAGUGAUAAUGGCAAAACCUUUGAAUUAUAUCAAAUGUCCAAUCUAAAUGAGAACAAUAAUGUUGUGGAAAUGGAAACAGAAGUGAAUGGCAAGAAAUCUUCCAGUUCUCAAACACAAUACAAUAUGCCACAGGAUAUGAAUACGAAUGGAAAUGGUUGCUCGAGUCAUGCUCAAGAUGUGGAAUAUCGUAUAGAGACUACAAAUAAUGCGGCAGCGGGCGGCACGUAUGAGACAAAGCAGCCUUUGGGUCUUCAUGAACAACUGCUAUUGUGUUUUGCCUUUCAAACUAAUGCCAGCACUAUUUUGAGUAUAGAUCAACAGAAAGAGACACAAACAUCCUGUGUUCAUGGUUUACGCGUCAUCUCCGUUUUAUGGACCAUAAUGGUGCACACAUACUUGCAAAUGUUUAAUAUUGGAGAAAAUCGAUUCAGACGCAUCAUGGUCGAACGUUCACCUUGGUAUCAAAUUGUUGGCAAUGCCACAUUUUCCGUUGAUACAUUUUUCUUUAUAAGUGGUUUUUUGGUAACAUUAUUAUAUUUGAAGAGCAUGAAAAAGGAUGCCGAGGAUUCAACCAAAUAUAUGAAAAAAGGCUUUGUCGAUACCGUCAUAUUGGUGGUGUACCGAUACAUACGUUUAACGCCCGCUUAUUUGUUUGUGAUAUUUUUCAAUGAUUUUGCCUUAAGACAAACUUUCGAUGGUUCGGUCUUCCAGCCCACUGUUCUACCAAACACCUGCAGCAAAUAUUGGUGGCGCAACAUAUUGUAUAUAAAUAAUUUUUAUCCAUUAACUGAAAUCUGUAUGAUAUGGAGCUGGUACAUGGCUAAUGAUAUGCAAUUCUAUAUAAUGGCUACCUUGUUAUUGAUACUGUCAGCUAGAUAUUUCAAAACCAUGGUCCUUACUAUUUGCACUUUUCUGGUUUCUUCCUGGGGAGUAUCCGGAUUAAUAUCUCUACGUUAUCACUAUACACACAAAGUGGCGAAACCCUUUGAAUCAUUUGAUUUCCUCUAUGACAAACCAUGGCAAAGAGUGGGUCCCUAUAUAAUGGGCAUGUUGGCUGGUUAUAUAAUAUUCAAAGUACGCUCUCCCCCUAAAAUAUCGCAACGGGUAAAUAAUUUACUGUGGGUUUUGAGUUUGGGCUUGAUUAUAGUGAUAAUAUUUGGGGUGUGGCAGGGGGAACUUAAUGAGGUGACCACAGCGUUUUAUGUGAGCAUAGGUCAUACAGCCUUUGGCUUCGGUUUAAUUUGGGUGGUCUUAUCCUGCUGUUGGAAUCUUUCGCCCACCAUGAAUCGCAUACUAUCCUACCGCUGCCUAUGGCCCUUAUCACGUCUUACCUAUUGUACCUAUUUAAUACAUCCCGUUAUAAUGCUAAUCACAGCCUAUCGCAUGGAUGGCACAAUUCAUCUGAGUAAUGUUUUUAUAUUGAUUAUAUUUCUGGGAAAUGCGGUGGUCUCUUUCAUAGUGGCCUUUUUCAUAUCGGUGGUAUUUGAGGCACCGGUUAUACGGUUGCUUAAGAUCAUUUUUCGUAAAUAGAAAAAGUUUGUAGUUUGUUUGUAAAUAGAAUAUUAUACUUUUUUGAAAUUCUAGUGACUGUUUUUUAUAAUAAUUUAGUAGCAUUUAAGUUGUAGUACUUUAAAUAAAGGUUAGAGGUGGUUUAGUUUUAAGAUUAUCGGAUUUAACCAAAUGAUUUUAUAUUCUUGCCUUUAUAUAAUUAAGUUUAUUUUAGUUUUAAAAUAUCCUUUGUAAAUAUUUUACUUUUUUUUUUUCUUGAACAAUUAAGUAAUAUGUGUAUUAUUUUGUUUAAUAGUUAUAUAAAAAUAAAUUUAUAUUUAAGUC